CCACGAAGUGCAAGUUUACUGUGUACUAAGCUAUUGAUGUAGACUAGGCAGGCCGGUACGUAGACUACUAAAGUGCUAAACAAAUGCGUAUCUUUACGAGAUGCAAAAUGUGAGACGAUAACGGAGUUAUUUGCUCAAAAUUUGCUCUCUUCAAGUUCAAACUUUUAUUUCCAACUCCAAAUCAACUUCCGACAAUCGCAAAAUUAAGAAAUUUUUACUAAAAUCCGGUUUUUAAGAGCAAAUUAGUAUUUCUAUGGAUUCAGGAAUACGCCAAGAAAGUAUAAAGAGUUCUGUGAUUUCGGACUGAGGACCAUCAGGAGGACGAAUCGAGUAGCUUGUGAGGACGAAUUAAGAAGAUAGAGAGGACGAACUGAGUAGGUUUCAAGGAAGAAUUGAAGUGUGUAGAUACGAGUUCUUAAAAGUUUCCCGAAAACCUUUCCCUGAGAUAAGUGAUGAAGUCUGUACAGAGAUUAAACAUGAUUUAAAGAUUGUCGGAGGUCAAUUACUCAUGGAGGUUGGAUAUGGAAUGGACUUUGACAUGAUGGAUGAAGGGUUGAAAAUGGAUCAAAGUAGAAAUAUCUUGCAGAGGAUGGGAGCUCCAGGGGACAAACGUUCACAGUUCCAUCUAUGUGGAAGAACAAUCUCAGCUUGGAGAAUAUCGCCAACGACUUCCUGGAAAGCAAUGUGACGGGGGAGGUGAUGAACCUGGACGAUUUCUUAAAGGAACUCCAGGUCAACGAGAUCAUGCAGCAGAGCCCAGGCGGACUAUCUAGUCGAAAUCAAGUACCUCGAGGUCACACAGGGGGUCGGGAGGCUGACCGCAAGGGGAUGGAUGGAGGUCGUGAGAUGGCUGGAGGCCGGGAUCCUCGGCAUACACAGGAUAGGCUCCAGGAUAUGCACGAUAGAUACAGUAUGAUUCGGCCGGCCAAUAUCGACGAAUUAAAAGAACAAAUACCAAUCAGACCUCCCAUAAUGCACCACGUGGGUAAACCACCGGAGCUUUACCAAAAACAUCAGGAAACAUCCCCACAUCAGCAUGCCAACUCACAUCCACAUGCUAGUCCACAUCCGCAUGUCAGUCCGCAUCAAGGCAUGCCGCAAGUUGUUCCUCAUCAACAUGCCCGGGACUCUGGCAUACCUCAGGCUAGUGUUAGACCACUGGUCCGGCCGGUCAAUCAAUCUCCGGAGAGACUUGACCGUCUGGACCGAAUGGAUCGGGGUGAGCGUAUGGAUCGAAUGGAUCGAAUGGAACGGAUGGAUCGAAUGGAUCGGAUGGAUCGAAUGGAGAGAAUGAAAAGAGAAAUGGAUCGAGACGACUCAGAAAAACGUCUGCAUGAUAUGUCCCAGGAUGAGUCUGAUGGAGAUGAUUCUCAAAUGUUCCAAAAUGGAUUCACCUCGACAGUUUGUGUCAAAUUUUCUGAAGACGACCUUCGUAUCGCUACUAUUCCUGGACAGGAGUUUGACCCCGCUACCCGCCGAUUCUCUGAGGAAGAAUUAAAACCGCAGCCGAUUAUUAGAAAGAGAAAAAAACAGUUUGUCCCCGACGAGCUUAAAAACAAUAAGUACUGGGCUAAGCGGUGUAAAAACAACGAGGCCGCCAAGCGCUCACGGGAAGCGCGCCGGUUGAAGGAGAAUCAGAUCGCAAUGCGCGCGCGCUACCUUGAGGAGGAAAAUAACGCGCUCAAGGGAGAGGUCAAUCAUUUGAAGAAAGAGAACACAGAUCUGAAACAGAUGAUGGUUUCACUGGAGGAGAAAUUAAAUCAAAUGACUGAUAAUCGGUAAACUGCUCUUUAACAAGAUUCGGUUAACUGCUCUUUAACAAGAUUUGGUUAACUUUGGUUAACUGCUCUUUAACAAGAUUCGGUUAACUGCUCUUUAACAAGAUUCGGUAAACUGCUCUGCAACAAGUUCAGUAAAUUGCUCUUCAUCAAGAUUCAGUAAAUUGCUCUUCAACAAGAUUCAGCAAACUGAUGCUCUUCAACAAGAUUCGGUUAACUGCUCUUUGACUGCUCUUCGAAACGAAUCUAAAGACUGUUUUUUUACACUGCGCAUAUUUUGGGACAAAGUUACUCAUUUCUCAAGAACAGCUCGUGCUACAGCUAUAUUUCAACAAAGCAAAAAAAUACCCCAGAAGAACAUGGAAGAAAAUCUUCAAGGAUUAAGGAAAUACUUAAAAUAAACCGCUCACAGGAGAAGUUUCUCAGAUGAAAAAAUGGAACUCGACAAAAUAUUUAAUUCUUGGAACUGUUUGUCAUUUAUAAAGGAUUUGAAAUCAUACUGUUCUGGUAAGGAAUCUAAAAAGCACUUUAUAAACAUAUUUAUCAUUCAGAGAGAAUUUGAGUUUUAAAUAACUGAAGUAAACAGUGCACAGCACAUUCUGUAAAGUAACAAAAAGGAUUCACUAAGGAAUAUAUUUUCAAUUACUGGUCCAGUUACACCAUAAUCUUCUUAUAGAGUUUGAACAAAAUUCCGCCCACUUUCUGCUAUUUCAGCCCCAUCCUAUGGAACACCUCAUAAUCCUGACACACUCUCCGACAUACCCACUGCUCCACCUUGCUCCAGUACCACCACCACACAGGCCAAACCCAUCUUCUGUAAUUAGGAUGCUCGGCGCCUCUUCUCACAUUGAUUCAGGAAAAAGUUAAUUAAAAACCCGUGAUUCAGAAAACCUGUUCUCUAUAAACCCCUGUGCAGUUAGAAAUAUCCGUUAAAACUUUUGUAAUUAUAUUGUUCGAUACCUAGUCAGUUACUUGUUCGGAGCACAAGUCAAUAUUUUAAAAAUGUAUGUAAACCUUCAUGUACGUUUUCUACAGAUUCUGUUGUACACUGUACGGUACUGUACUGUACUAAACUUUGUUUACAUCAGAACAGCACAGACUGACUUGUGAGUCAUGGCUUGUUACUUAAUUUGAUCUUUUAUAGCAUUAUCCUUUAAAUUCAUUAUUUAAGUAGAAUGUGAUCAUACGAGGUUUUUCUUCAAAACACCUACAUUCUAGAUCUUACAGUGAAAACUAGAAUUUAGAUGUGCAUAUACAUUAUCAAUAUUAUUUUUUCUCAUUAUUUAUUUAAAGAAUCAGAAAUAGGAUUCAUUUGAACAUUUUGAUUCUUGUGUAAAUUUACAUUUGUCAUUAUCAUUAUUAAUAACGUUAAUUCUGUGCCAUUCAGUGCUGACCACACAUACAAAAAUGUACACACACCUCACUUCAAAUUCAUAUUUCUUUAGUAAUUUCUUCAGUUGUCUUUCUUAUUUAAUAUAUCAAUAUUAUAUUUGGAAAUCUGUGGUAUAAAAGGCAUAUCAAUGUAGUUAUGUUGUUUCUUCUUCUGUGAAACAAAUCGUGUGUUAAAUGUUAGAGAACCAUAAACUCCCUUUGUUAUACAGUGUACAAGGUAUUUCUGACAAAAGUGUGUUUAGGCUUUUUAGCAUCGUUGUAUUGUGUUAAAAAAUGCUUCUAGAUGGAAUUAUAUCCAUAAAUGGGGUGGUCGUAGCUGAAACAUUUUUUUUCUAAAAUGCGGUUUCCAAAGAUAUUAAUUGUCCUGUCACCCACCAAAUGUCGAUUUUUUGUACCAAAAAGUAUUCAUUGCAGGUACAAUUUCCAUAAAGGGGGGGGGGGAGGAAUUGUCGUUGAAAUAUUUUAUGCUAAAAUUGCUUUUUUAGCUUUCAAAAUUGAGUGAAAUCAAGUCGGCCCCUUUUCCAAGAUUUUCAAAAAAUUCACAAAUUUGUUUUUUCGUCAUUUAUUUUUUAAAAUACUCAAUCUUUUAAUUGAAAAUGCGCAAUUUACUCUAUAUUGUGGUAUAAAACGUAAAAACAAAAUUAUAAUUUACUCUAUACUGUGGAAUAAAACGUAAAAACAAAAUUAUAAUUUAUAAUUUUUUGAGAAUCUUUGGACCGAGACCGAGGACAUUUGUGAAUAUUAAGUCUACUUUUCAAGGUUAAAACGGUAGUGUAGAGAAAAAUGAUUUAUCGACGACCCCAAUUGUGGUUAUUGUACCCAAUUUACACAUUACAACGAUGCUUAGUAGGCUUAAAAGCCUGAAUACACUUUUUUUUCUGAGAGAUAUAAACCCCACCUGACUGAGCUCAGUUAUGAGUGUUUAUUUUCAGCGAUUAAAUUUCUAAGGUUUCCGAUUUAGGGUGUAUUUUUAAAAAAUUGUUAAUUCUAUACGUUUCAUCAUUUUGUUGUUGGCAUUGUUCAGAAAACUGAUCUUGCAACAUUUAAUGUUGUAAGACAAUUCUACUUUGAAACUGACAACUUUUUAAUGAUUUAUGUUUAGUGAAAUACAAAAUAUAAUUUUUCUGAAAAA